AUGGCCUCCCAGCCACCGAGGGUCUCCAGUUCCCCCAGACACCGGGCCAAGGGCAUGAAGAAGACACCGCCCCCGGAGAGGAGCGUGCGGCCGCCGGUGGACCCAGACUCGGACGACACAGCCCAGCGCAGCAGGCUGUCCUGGGCGACCCUGGCCAGGGCCGUGGGCUACUUCAAGAUGUCGCUCUUGGACAUACGGCGGGGCGGGCUGCUGUCCUCCCUCAACCCGCUGGCCAUGGAGCAGAGACUGCCUGAGAAGCACCCGAUGCCUGAAAAGAAGUUCUGGGGCGACCAGGAGCCCCUCUCCAAGAUUCCAUUUCAAAUUCUGAGUGGACACCAACACCUUGUGAGUUCUUGUCACUUUUGUGUGGACGACACAAAGCUCCUCAGUGGCUCCUUUGACUGCACCGUGAAGCUGUGGGAUGCCGUGGAUGGAUCUAUUAUCCGGGAUUUUGAGCAUCGGCCCGAAGCUCCUGUUUUAGAGUGCAGUGUCACGGCUGACAGCAGAAGAAUUACUGCAUCAGCCUAUGAUAAAACUCUGAGGACUUGGGACCUUGAAACAGGCAAGCUGCUGUGGAAGAUCGGGCAUGAAAACCUCAUAACCGCCUGUAACUUUUCUCCUGAUGGUAAAUAUGUGGUCGCAGGCUUAGAUGUGGAUCACGGAAUCUGUUUAACUGAUGCCCUAAACGCCAAGAUUCUGAUACACAUCAAAGAUCACCACAAAAGAUCGGUCACAGCUUGCCGCUUUGACCCUGAUAGCCAGAAGGUGGCUUCCGUAUCAUUGGACAGGAGCAUCAAGAUCUGGGAUGUUACAUCCCAGGCCACGCUGUUUACCAUCACCAACGCACAUUCCAAUGCAAUCUCAAACUGCUGUUUUACCUCCAGUGGCCAUUUCCUAUGUACAAGCUCUUGGGAUAAAACCUUAAAAAUAUGGAACAUUCAUACAGGGGAGUUUCGGAACCGUGGAGCCUGUGUGACUCUGAUGCAGGGCCAUGAAGGGUCUGUGAGCUCCUGCCACUUUGCCAGAGACACAUCUUUUCUCGUGUCUGGAGGGUUUGACAAGAGUGUGACUAUUUGGGAUGUAGGAGAAGGCUACCGGAAGCUCUCCUUGAAGGGCCAUAAUGACUGGGUUAUGGAUGUUGCCAUUAGCAGCAACAAGAAAUGGAUCCUGUCUGCUUCAAAGGAUAGGACCAUGAGACUAUGGAAUAUUGAAGAAAUUGACCAAAUUCCUUUGGUAAUCAAGUACAAAAAGGCCCUGGGCUUAACGGUGAAACAGUGCGAAGAAUGUGACAGGCCUUUCUCCGUCUACGAAAGUGACAUCUUUUCUGAAGUCGUCACCAAAUGCGUGUUCUGCCGGAUGGAAGCAAAAGGCUUGCCAGCAGAGGCCUCAUCAUCAGAAAAGGACGACUCGCCAGCAAGGGGGUCCAGCCUGGGCAAAGAUGGUGGCCACUGGGUCCUGUAGGUUUCAGGGCUCUGCAGGGAUCUUUCUCUGGGGCCCUUCCCUGGCUGGGUGGGCCUGUCAGACGGGGCAAGGGCCACACCCUCGCUGGGCUCCCACCACCAUGCUACCUCCUCAGCACCCUACUGAAUGGGAUUGGAUGCUUUUAGUUUUCAGGCAGAAUAAACCUAGAUUCUUUUGGAAAACGAGUGUGCAUGUGAAUUCCAGAAGCACUCUUGCUAUUUAUAAGCUUUAUGUCCUGGUGUUCAUCCAGACACAGCUGGAUUCCCAUUCUGGGCUCUGGAGUUGCCCUGUAAGGCAGACCUCGGGGGCUGGCA